GGUGGUGUUCCUGGUGGCCAUCUUGGAUUCACUGAGUGAUUGUUUGGCAUAAAGAAAUAAUAAAAAUAAAAAUAAAGCUUGAAGGCUUAGGAUAUUAAGGUAGGCUAAAAUAUAAAAGGGUAAAGAGGCGAAGCGAUAUCGAGGAAAAUCAGGAGUUCAAAUGUACCAUUUAUUUACUUGUCGAUGAGUGCUAUUCAGGAAUCGGCCCUUAUUUCCUUACAGUGAGAGACGGUAUGAAGAAAGCAUCCUAGUCAAGCCAUGGCUGAUAAAAGAAAACUACAAGGUGAAAUAGAUCGAUGUUUGAAAAAAGUAGCAGAGGGUGUGGAACAGUUUGAAGACAUUUGGCAAAAGCUUCAUAAUGCCGCCAAUGCAAACCAGAAGGAAAAAUAUGAGGCAGACCUCAAAAAAGAAAUUAAGAAAUUACAGCGUCUUCGAGACCAGAUAAAGACAUGGGUGGCCUCCAAUGAGAUCAAAGACAAAAGGCAGCUAGUUGAGAAUCGCAAACUCAUAGAAACGCAAAUGGAGCGGUUCAAAAUAGUGGAGCGGGAGACCAAGACCAAGGCUUACUCUAAGGAGGGGCUGGGCCUGGCACAGAAGGUUGACCCAGCUCAAAGGGAAAAGGAGGAGGUGGGCCAGUGGUUGACGAAUACGAUAGACACACUAAACAUGCAGGUGGACCAGUUUGAAAGUGAAGUGGAGUCUUUGUCUGUCCAAACUCGGAAAAAGAAAGGCGACAAAGAGAAACAGGACCGGAUAGAGGAGCUGAAGCACUUCAUUGAAAAGCACAGGUACCACAUCCGCAUGCUGGAGACCAUCCUGCGCAUGCUGGACAACGACUCGGUGCAGGUGGAGUCGAUCCGAAAGAUCAAGGACGACGUGGAGUACUACCUCGACUCUUCACAGGACCCGGACUUUGAGGAGAACGAGUUCCUGUACGACGAUCUGGACCUUGAGGAUAUCCCUCAAGCCCUGGUGGCAACGUCUCCGCCUGGCCACUCUCACAUGGAGGAUGAGAUCUUCCACCACUCCAGCAGUACCCCCACCUCCACCACCUCCUCCUCCCCAAUACCCCCCUCACCUGCCACUUGCACUACGGAGAACUCGGAGGAUGAUAAGAAGAGGGGGCGUUCUACAGACAGUGAAGUCAGUCAGUCACCUGUAAAGAAUGGAAAUCCCUCCUCUUCGUUAUCUUCCUCAUCCUCCUCGUCGUCCUCCUCUUCCUCAUCCUCUUCUGGAGCCUCUUCAUCCUCUCUGGUCUCCAUGGCUACCAUUGCGGGGGGCGGUGGAGCCAUCACAGGGGGCAACAGUCUCUUGGGUAGCAUGGGGGGCCUCCUCCCAAACUCUGGCAGCUACAGCACGGUGACCCAACAGCCGCAGCAAUCGCAGCAGCAGAACCAGCAGCAGCACCCGCCCCAGGCGAAACACUCUCCCUCCAACAGCAACCCCAGCCCCUCCAACCUCCUCUUGCUGCCCGCCUCCACAGCCUCUUCGCCCCCCAACACCAGCACGCCUGGCCCCCUGGCCACAAACUCCCAACCUCAGGGCACCUCGGGCCCGACGUCCACCUCCGCCCUGGGGCUGGGGCUGGGCCUCGGCCUGGGAAAAGGCGGGGUGACGGGGGCCAGCAGCGCCAACCAGAUGUCGGGCCUGGGCCUGUCGGGGAUGCCGGCAUCCCUCAACACCAUGGCGGGGCUCCUGUCGAGCUCCACGCCCGCGCCUUACGCCCAGGCGGCGGCCUCGGGGGCCGUGGGCAGUGGGCUGGGAGGGCCCAUCGGGGGCAGCGCUGGCAGCGGCAGCUCGUCAGGGGUCGGCGGCGGGAACAGCAGCAACGGGGGCGGGGUGUCGGCAGGCCUGCUGGGCUCCGGCAGCGGGGUGGGUGUGGGGGUCGGCGGGGGGAUUCUGGGACUCGGCUCCGGACAGACGGCCAUCCAGGGGCCCCCUCAGAUGGCCCUCAGUCCUGUCAGCGGAUUGGCUCCUGGCAGCGCCGUCGGAGUUAUCGGGGGUAACGGAGGUGGUUCGGGGGCAGGCGGAGGCGGAGGAAUUGGUGCGGGAGGAGGAAGCGGUGCACUCGCAAGGCCCCCCAGUGGACAAAAGCAGAAUGGCAAUACCAGUUACAGUGCUGUAGUUGCAGACAGUACACCAGACUCUGCCCUCAGUAGUGCCAGCCAAUCACAAAGCCAACCCUCUUCCUUAGGACCCACGUCCAAUCCACCUAAGGACAGCGGCUGCAGCCUCCUGAGCUCGAUGACUCUGGCCCCCAGCUCGCCGUCGCCGUCCUACAGCGAGAGCAAGCCGGCGGGCGGGAGCCUGCUGAACGGGCCGCACUCCUACAGCCAGGCGUCUGAGGGCAUGAAGGCUCCAGAGCCCCUCAGCUCUCUGAAGUCCAUGGCAGAGAGAGCAGCCCUUGGCUCGGGGCUGGAUGGAGAGAUGCCAUCCCUGCACCUGGCAGACAGAGACAUCUUCUCCGGGACGACGGCCCCACCGGGGCCUCCCACGGCGCCCCAGCCCUCGCUGUCUGAGGUCAGCAUCCCCCCGUCGCUGGGUGUGUGCCCCCUCGGGCCUGUCCCGCUCUCCAAAGACCAGAUGUACCAGCAGGCCAUGCAGGAGUCGGCCUGGACGCACAUGCCCCACCCCUCCGACUCGGAGAGGAUCAGGCAGUACUUGAUGAGGAACCCGUGCCCCACCUUGCCUUUUCACCACCAGGUGCCCCCUCCUCACUCUGACUCCGUGGAGUUCUACCAGCGGCUAUCCACAGAGACUCUCUUCUUCAUUUUCUACUAUCUGGAGGGCACCAAGGCACAAUAUCUCGCGGCCAAGGCACUGAAGAAGCAAUCAUGGCGAUUCCACACCAAGUACAUGAUGUGGUUUCAGAGACACGAGGAGCCCAAAACCAUCACUGAUGAGUUUGAACAGGGGACAUACAUUUACUUUGACUAUGAGAAGUGGGGCCAGAGGAAAAAGGAAGGAUUCACAUUUGAGUACAGGUACCUUGAAGACCGAGACCUCCAGUGACUGACCGUUGGGGUGCGAGAUGGAGAGAUGGAGAAAAAGCAGGGUGUACUACUGUUGACAUUCCUGGAUUGAAUUUCAACACAGUGGGAUGAGACUGAUGCAAAGAUGACUCUUCAUGUCUGUUUGUGCAAAUGCAUUUGGGUCACCUUCCUUGCCCUGGAGAAAAAGCCUACAUCCCCCUACUGCGCCCCCCCUCCCACACACACCCGUCAUUUAUUUGACUGAUGCUUUUAAAUCACCUUGCUGAACUGAAGGUGUUUGGCCAAAUGUUUAUUUGAUUACAGGUUAUUUGUUUUCCUUUCAACAUUUUAAAUCACGACUCACUCGAGAACCAAAGAAAAUGAGCGGACCCCCAGUAACCCUUAAGGAAUGGGGUCGGGCAAAAUGAGCCAGAGGGAAAUUGUCAGACCGUACCAGGGCGUGGGGGAAGGGGGUCAGGGUUGAAGGUCAGGGGCCUGAACAUUUCACCAUUUCACAGCAGUUUGUGCUGCUGCCUGUUUUCCCCAAAGUGCAGCCAAGUGUGUUCCAGCCCACCCUCCUCGCACUUGUCGCUUUUGCAACGGGAGCGAUCGUAUGAACCCCGUAACCCCGGCACCUGCUUCAGGAGCCGUCUCUUCCUUCGCCAAACCUGCCACGGAUCAAACUGCUGUGCGACGACGGUCCUCUCUCCAUCCUCUACGAAAUCAUCCAUCGGUUGGCUGUGGGCCGUGGCAAAUCCCACCACCACCACGGACACCCAGACCUUGUCCGCGUAGUACAUGUUUACAAGAGAAAAACGAAAGCCAAAAGUGAGACAAGCUAAUCAGUUACACCAACGAAGCAACAAAGCUUUUUAUCAAUUUGAUAAAUUUAUAUAAAUUCAUAAAUCAUUCACGAUUGCACUUCCAAGCUUGGGAGAAGACAAAAUAAAUCUUUUAGAUUAACUUGUAUAUAUCUAUAUUUUGUGGGCGGGAUGGAAGGCCAUUGUGUCAAAAAAUGUGUGAUUUGGAAUUUGUACAGCAUAACAUAAAUUAGGAAGACAUGAGCUUCUCUUCCUCCCCAGCUUUGUAGUGCAGAAAUAGAACUGACUCAAAUGAAAAGCACAUCAUGCGAUUCAAGUGCUUUUAUUCCCCUCGAUUUCCAUUGCCGUGUUUCCAUUUCAUAAUUAUUUUUUAAACCUCUUUCAGUUUUGGAGUGCAACUAUGAAUGAUUUUGUUUUCCAUGCACGUAAAUUUAUCGACGUUGAAAGCAUUUCAAAGAAAUUGAGAAGUAAAAAAAAUAAAUGAAUGGUAAAUUUUUAA